AUGGUGGGCAAGGAAAAUAGGAAGAUUGUUAUCAGUUAUUCUAUAACAGGCGAAAUAUUGUCCAAGGUAGUUGAGUAUCUCAGCAAACACGCUGAGACCCAGACUAGCGAAGAAGAACUGAAGAUAUGGGAUGAACAAUUCGUCAAUUUAUUUAAUAAUAACCACAUAGUGUUCGACGUGAUCAAGGCAGCAAGUUAUCUUCAGGUAGAGGGCUUGGUGAACUUGUUGAAAAAGGGAGUGGCAGAUUUCCUUAAGGCUAAAACACCUGAGGCGUUGCGCGGGAAAUUCGCCAUUUGUAACCAACUCGAUCUCCCCGGAGAAGAAGAAGGAGAUGAAGAGAGAAUUUCUCAGAGCAGCACGGAGCAACUCUCCCCCGACAAAAAGAAGGUGAAGAUUGAAUUUUGCAGCAGCGGCGAGGAAUAA